AAAUACAAUUUGUGCAAAAUGGCCGCGCAGGUAACUCAGGUGCAGCGCUUCUUCAACGGCUACAAGCAGGACGUGAGCCGAUCUCUGCGGGAUGCGUCCAAGCCGUGGACCAAAGUCUUCGAUGCCGUGGAGGAGAAGACCGGCGUGGACAGGGUCAAUAUUUUCGCAGGUGCUGUUGGUCUGUGCGCCCUCUACCUGACCUUUGGCUGGUGCGCCCAGAUAUUGUGCAACAUUAUUGGCGUUUUGUAUCCUGCAUACAUUUCCAUCCAUGCCAUCGAGUCGAGCACAAAGCAGGAGGACACCAGGUGGCUGAUCUACUGGGUCACUUUUGGCAUCUUCACUGUGAUUGAAUUCUUUUCGAGUCUGCUCACCUCGCUGAUUCCCUUCUACUGGCUGCUGAAGUGCGCCUUCCUCAUCUGGUGCAUGCUGCCCAACAAACAGAAUGGUUCCACCAUCAUCUACCACAACCUGGUGCGACCCUAUUUGCUGAAACAUCACGAAUCCGUCGACAGAACCAUUGAUAAUGGCAUGAUGACGCACGACUAGGACCUCGUAUUGGUUACGUUUCGCAAUAAAUUUAAAUUUAUAUUUUUAACCAAAAGAAAGCUCCACUUGUUAAACGUAAAAACGAAAUAUCUCUCUUUUUGUCGGCUCGGCUGUAAACUCAAACUGGGAUACCGGCUAAGAACAGCAUUCCCAAUCUUUAAGUGACAUUCGGAAAGAAGAUAUAUAUUCUCGAGAUGGCACAGUGAUAAUGUAUUGGAGAUCAUAUAAUGUAUUAAAUAGAACAUAAGGAUGGCGGAAAACCAACUAUGCCUAAUGCAAGCCAUUUACCCAUAGUUUUUCAUUUUGUGAAUGUGUGUACCUCAUAAAGAGUCGUCCUCGACAAUGCGACAUAAAUGCUGCGCGUAAAAAGCUAUAA